GCACAGAAACUACUGCCUGUCAGUCUGACUGAGGACGCACUUUACUUUCCACAGCAGUCCCGCAGCUCGAUUAACCGAAGGCUCAGGCAGAAAGGCGCACAAGACGGGGCAUGAUGGUGCGGGCCAAGCUGAGGGUGUAGCCACAUCUGGCAGAGACCGCUGAACUAAGCAGGCGCCUCCGUACACCAGACCAUCUACUGCAGCUGGGAAGAUGGGAGAGACAGAGGAGGAGAGGGACAAUGUAGGGAAGCUGUUUGAGAACUUCAUCCAGGCCUCGACCUGCAAAGGAGCCCUUCAGGCCUUUAACGUCCUCUGCAGAUGCCAGAACCUCGACCCCGCAGAGCACAGCACCUUCUACAACAGUCUGAAGGCAAAGGUUACUUCCUGGAAAGCAAAAGCGCUUUGGAGUAAGCUCGACAAGAGGAUGUCCCAUAAGGAGUACAGAAAAGGCCAAGCCUGUGCGGGCACUAAGUGCCUCAUCAUCGGAGGAGGUCCCUGCGGCCUGCGGACUGCCAUUGAACUUGCCCUACUGGGUGCUAAAGUGGUGGUGAUUGAAAAGAGGGACUCUUUUUCCAGGAACAACGUGCUCCAUCUUUGGCCCUAUACCAUUCAUGACCUGCGGGGACUGGGGGCCAAAAAGUUCUAUGGAAAAUUCUGUGCCGGAGCCAUCAACCACAUCAGCAUUCAGCAGCUGCAGUUGAUCCUGCUGAAGGUUGCCCUGAUUGUUGCCGUGGAGUUUCACAUCAAUGUGGAGUUUGUCAACCUGUUGGAACCUCAGGAAAAUGAAGGGGUUGGGUGGAGGGCUGCAAUCCAACCUGCUGAUCACCCCGUGGCUAACUUUGAGUUUGAUGUGGUGGUGGGAGCUGACGGACGCAGAAAUACCCUGGAAGGUUUCAAAAGGAAGGAGUUCAGGGGUAAACUGGCAAUCGCCAUCACAGCCAACUUCAUCAACAGGAACACCACCGCAGAGGCCAAAGUAGAAGAGAUCAGUGGAGUGGCUUUCAUCUUCAACCAGAAGUUCUUUCUUGACCUCAAAGAAGAGACAGGUAUUGAUCUGGAGAACAUUGUGUACUACAAGGACAACACACAUUACUUUGUCAUGACUGCCAAGAAACAAAGCCUGCUGGACAAGGGAGUCGUCAUCAACGAUUACUCAGACACAGAGAUGCUGCUGAGUGGUGAAAACGUCAACCAGGAAGCUCUUUUGUGCUACGCCCGAGAGGCUGCUGACUUUGGCACAAACUACCAACUUCCCACACUGGACUUUGCCAUGAACCAUUGCGGGCAGCCAGAUGUAGCAAUGUUUGACUUCACUAACAUGUACGCCUCUGAGAACGCUGCUCUGGUCAGGGAGAGAUUUGGACACCAGUUGCUGGUAGCACUGGUUGGCGACAGUCUGCUUGAGCCCUUCUGGCCAAUGGGAACAGGCUGCGCCAGAGGCUUCCUGGCUGCCUUCGACACGGCCUGGAUGGUAAAGAGCUGGGCGCUGGGUCAGCCGGUCCUCGAAGUGCUGGCAGAGAGGGAGAGCAUUUACCGACUACUACCACAGACAACCCCUGAAAACAUUGCCAAAAACUUUGAGCAGUACACCCUAGACCCAGCAACUCGAUACCCCAACCUCAACUCUACCUGCAUCAGGCCUCACCAGGUGCGUCAUUUGUACAUUAGCGGACAGCUUAACCCCUGCUCUCUCGAGCGUGCCGCUACCAUACGACGGCCUGUCAAUCUCUCCAGACGUGACUCAGAGGUCAGACCAGCGAGGCUUCUCACUUGGUGCCAGAAGCAGACGGAGGGCUACAGGAAUGUGAUAAUCACAGACCUGGCAUCUUCUUGGAAAAAUGGUAUCGCCCUCUGUGCCCUCAUCCACAGAUUCAAACCUCAGCUGAUAGAUUUUGACUCAUUAAACGACGAGGACCACGUUGCAAACCUCCAGCUGGCAUUUGACAUCAGUGAGCGGGAAUUUGGGAUUCGUCCAUUCACAUCUGCGAAGGAGCUGAGUAAAGAGGAGGAGCUGGAUAAAACCAAGAUGAUCAACUACCUGUCCAAGUUCUACGAGCUCUUCCGCGGAACGCCUCUACCUGCAUCAGGUUCCAGAGGAGUGGAUGAAAACAAUGAAGAUUAUCCGUCGAAGGAAGUCAAAAGUAAUAAUAAUGUGCUCAAUUUUGCACUGACCAGGAAACGGGUGCCAAAGGAAGAGAAGAAGCUAGACGGUACAGACCCCAUUUACAAAAGAAGGCGGAAGUUCUAUUUGGAGGAGGCCACUAACUUGGCCAGUAAUGGCUCCACAGUUCGAGACAGGCCGGAUCCAAAGGAAAAUAAAGUGCGCUCUAUGGCUACGCAGUUGUUGGCCAAGUUUGAAAAUAAACCGAACUACACCAUCCGCAAAACACAGUCAGACUUGGAGGAGUCCUCAUUCCUCCGUACUCUCGACCUCACUGACGGUCUGCCCGUUAAACUCAGACCUCCGGUCCCACCCAAACCUUCUCCUGUGACACAGUUUGGAGUCAGUAUCAGAAAAGCAGCACAACAGUUAGUCCGCCUGCCUCCAAAGACUCUGCCCAAACCCCAGCUUCAGCCCCCACAUCCAUUUUCUGUAGUAAAGCUCAGACAUGUCGAUCUAGCGCAUGCUGAGACGAAGCCUCAGCUGGAGGGUGCAGAGCCCCCUGUUUCUCCUUCCUCCUGUCAGUCAGCAGUCCAUUUCAUGACAAGAGUCCUCCAUCGUCUCAAGGAGGUGGACGAACACAUCUCUGAGAAAAAAGCUCAGACACAACAGGUUAGAGAGUUUCAUGCAAAGAGUAUAAAGGAAAAAGCCGUCCACCUUAGCGGGUUGUUCCCAGGAAACGGUUCUGAUGUACUUAAGGGCGGCUCAGUACGAAGGGCGUUUCCCCCGUCGGGUGACAAGUGUCACUCGUGUCAGAAGCGUGUUUAUAUGGUGGAGAGGAUCUGCACCGAGGGGCUUUACUUCCACAGGGAGUGUUUCCGCUGUUCGACCUGCAGCUCUGUUCUUCGACAGGGAGCGCAUGCUUUCCACUCUGAAGAGGGGAAACUCUACUGCAAACUGCAUUUUGAUCAGCGGAACACUGGGACGAGCAUACGGAGGACUUUCUCUCUACCCUCAGUGAGACCUAAUCGUGAUAGCAUUCAGGAGCACCGUCCUACUGAUGAAGAUAUCACCCCCUCCAGCAGUCCGGCAGACCUGCAGAGUGAACCCGCAGCAGCGGACGCCUUUUAUGAAGCCUGUGAGACAAUCGGGUGGUUAGGAGAAAUGACUUUUUAAAGGCGAGCUUCCAUCAGCGUCUCCUUACAGGAGUUGGGGAGUGUGAAAAAUAUCCCUUCCAGCUCCAGACCGGCAAGAGUUGUCACUUGAAUGAGUAUCAAUUAAAUCAAAAGAUGUAUUUGAUUUAAAAAAAAAAUGUGAGUGAGGAUUUAAAGAGAAGUACUCUGGGAAGACCUCUUCAGCCGGUUCUUCCCGUCUCCGCUGGAGAUGGGCAGCUCAAUGCUACGUUAUCCACCACUUGCGCGACAUACCUGAAGUGCAAGCAACACAAGCAUCCAAACUGUGACCGUGAUUCCUCCUCUGUGGAAGAAAGGGAAAAGCACACAGCUGACUCAUGUGUUUAUGCAGUUACUGUAGAAUGAGUCCAUGAGAGCUACACCUAAAAUUUGGCAGUGGCGGCCGGAAGGUGAGGCUUCAAAAACCUCCAGCUCCAGAUGGCAUCACAUCAGACUGGUAAUAAAGGCAUUAUUCUCGAAGCCUUUCCAUGAUGAUCUGACAACAGGGGCAAAGAACUACGAUCUGUUUUCAAACCAACGUAUUUAACGUUUGAGAGAAAUGUUGUUCAUUUAACUAAUAAUAAUCAUAUCCCUUACUCCUAGUCCUACUGUGGUAUAGGCACAGAUAAGCAACUGACGUUCUAAUCCACCAUGGUGGAUGAGCCAGAGUCAUGCAUAUUAGUCUCAUCAGUAAUUUUGGUUUGUGAUGUUUAGUAAAGAAUAAGAAUUUUUUUUAAAUCCCUUUGAGGUCUACACCUUAAGUCUCAGGCAACAAACUAACAAAUUUUCUCAAUAAGUGAUAUCUUUCCCUUUACAUGUCUCUUUGCUGGUCGGCCUCUAAAAGCUUGUUUUAGGAUGAUAAUGAUGGAUGAGGCACAUUUUCUUAUUAUUGUCAGUACACGGUAAUGCCUGUUAAAGAGAGAUUCUCUUGUUCAGUUCAUGAGAUUUAGAAGCAGACUUCUUUUCUUUGAUUUAUUAGUGCCGAUAUGACAAACACAACACUAUACGCUGAAAAAACGGCUGUUAAAUUAAUGCUAUUUUUCUUUCUUGUUCCCAGCUUUUUCAUGCAUGCAUAAAAGUGUACAAAGAUCUCUUAGAUAUGUCUUAGUUUUUCUCUACUCAGAAUCAGUUGAACUUGCAGACUAUAACAAACAGUCGGGCAUGUGCAGAUUUCUUUUUAAAAGUCUGUUUUCUUUGACUUGAAGAAGUCGCCACAGAAGAAAGCCAUCACCUCAUCCACUCAUCACUAAAAAGGGACUUCAAGUUUUAUUGCUGGGCAAGUCUAUCAGUAAUGGGUUUUGUUGUUGUUGUUGUUGUUUUAAAAUAAUCUUUUUAUAAUUGUUUGAUUUUGCAUCACUGUUUCAGGUUCUAUUGCAGAGUAAAUACACAGUAGUGACUGCUAACUUUUGAUAUGAUGAAUGUUUUUCUACCUUGAUGGUCACAUACAGUCAGUAUGGUGUACAUUUUGUUUUGCUGGGAAACUUUGGGUCCCUAGACUCACAUCAGCCACCUAAACUUUGUUGCAAGCCAGUCAAAUACGUAGUGCCUCCAAAUUUCCCAAAUACUAAUCAGACUGUGCUGCAGGAUGCACAAGAGCAAGCAGGAUCCAAAGAGGAGCCAUUCUACAACCCACAGGACAUGAAUGUGCUACAUCCUGGUGCCAGACAUCCUGUAUCCAUGUCAUAAUGGGCCAGAGUGAUUCUGACAGCACGACUUCUAAUAUCAGGCAUUAUCUUUUCAGUCCAACAAAAGAACAUUAAACAAACUAAAAAUAAAGCAAUUAAAGAUGCUAUAAAUAUAUAUAUACAUGGCAAAAUUAAGUCUGACCUAUUACACCGUUCCUUAUUUUUUGUCAUAUAGAUUCUGAGCACUCACACAAUGCUCAUAUUAAACAAGUCCACCACUG